AUGACGGCCACCGCCGAUCAGCAACACCGCCGCCCUCCUCACGUUCUGGUGGUGACGCACCCGGCACAAGGCCACCUCAACCCAGCCCUCCAAUUCUCCACGCGCCUGGCGGCUCUCGGAUGCCGCGUCACCCUCGCCACCACCGUCUCCGGCCACCGCCGCAUCGCCAGCUAUUCCCUCCCGGAGGGGCUCGCCGUCUCAACAUUCUCCGACGGAUACGACGACGGAGUGGGAUCGUCGUCCCAGGCCGACGACCAGACGCAGCAGUGGGCGAAUUUCGUGAGCCGCGGGUCCCAGUUCGUGAGAGAGCUCAUCGCUUCCAACGCCGAGGGAGGAGCACCUUUCGCUCGCUUGGUGUACACGCCGCUGCUGACGUGGGCGAUGGAGGCGGCGCGUGAGGAGAGUCUCCCCGCGACGCUCCUCUGGAUCCAGCCGGCCACGGUGCUCGACAUCUACUACUACUACUUCGUGGCCGGGUACGAGGAGAAGAUUUUGGACGGAUGCAAGGAUCCGUCUUUUGUCGUGGAGCUGCCUGGACUCCACGUCAGCUUCGCUUCCAAGGACCUCCCUUCUUUCCUCGUCCCUUCAAAUCCGUAUCCUGCGGUUCUCAAAGUAAUGAAAGAUCAGAUCGAAGUUUUGUCCUCCUCGGAGGACAGGCCGAAGGUGUUGGUCAACAUCUUCGACGCGUUGGAACCUGAUGCCCUGAGAGCGUUGGAGGGGAAGCUCGACAUGGUAGGGAUUGGGCCCUUGGUCGACCUUACCACUUCCAACAUUGAUGACGUUGGUAGUGUUAAGUAUAUGACGUGGCUCGACUCGCGAGCCACGUCAUCUGUUGUUUACGUGUCGUUUGGAACCAUGGCCGCGGUAUCGAGGAGGCAGAAGGAGGAGGUGGGGAAGGCGUUGUUGAGCAGCGGGAGAUCCUUUCUGUGGACUUUAAGGAAGGAGCCAGAGAAGGAGGAAGAGGAGGAGGCUGAGUCGAGAUGGAGGGAGGAGAUGGAGAAGGAGGCUGAGGAGUGUGGGGGGAUGAUAGUCGAGUGGUGCUCGCAAGUGGAUGUGUUGGCACACCCCGCGGUGGGGUGCUUUCUGACACACUGUGGGUGGAACUCGACGCUGGAGAGCAUGUGUUUGGGUGUGCCGAUGGUGGGGUUUCCUCAGUUUUCGGACCAACAGACGAACGCGAAGCUGGUGGAGGAUGUUUGGAGGACAGGGGUGAGGGUGGUGGUGUCGGAGAAUGGCGGUGGAGAUGGCACCGGCGGUGGUACUGCGGUUGGUGCGGUGGUGGAAGGAGAGGAGAUAAGGAGGUGUUUGGAGUUGGUGAUGGGAGAGGGAGAAGUGGGAGAGGAAGUGAGGAGGAAUGCGAAGAAAUGGAAGGAGCUUGCGAGGAGUGCUGCGGGGGAAGGAGGGACUUCCCACGUCAACCUCAAGGCUUUCGUGGAUGAGAUUGCUAGCUAUAGCUAG